AUGGAACAAGCCGAAAAAAGGGAAAUGGUUGUCAUCCCAAUCUUCUAUAAGGUGAAACCAGAAGAUGUCAGAAAACAGAAGGGAGUGUUCGGAUAUAGGUUUUGGAGACGUAGCGAAGAAUCCGGCCGUGAAGAGAUAGAGAAAUGGCAAGUGGCUUUGAAGGCUGUGUCAAACAAGAUUGGCUUCACGUUGGAUCACAAUAGAUCGGAGGCUAAGCUGAUCAAGAAAGUCGUUAAGGAGGUUGGGAAAGUUUCAACCACCAUUCAAUCUAAAACAUAUAACGUCCCCCUGGCACUGCCAUUGGCAUGGUUUGGCUCGGCGGUUUGGCUGAUAGGUGCAGUGCUUGGCUUACUCGCUGAUACAGUUCACAAAUGUGCCUCACCAAUCAUGGUUGUUCUAGCUAGUCAGGUUGGCUCUGUUGUGGCUAUUUCAAACCGUUGGACUGAUAUGUCUGUAUAA